CCUCGCUCUCCCGUCGGCGCCCGGACAGGGGCUCGGGAGCCGAGCCUAGCCGGGGCAGGGGCGGGAGCCGCGGGACGAGCGCCUGAGGUGCCGUGGAGAAGCCAUGGAGCUGAGCAGCAAGAAGAAGCUGCACGCCCUGUCCCUGGCCGAGAAGAUCCAGGUGCUGGAGCUGCUGGAUGAGUCCAAGAUGUCCCAGUCGGAGGUGGCCCGGCGCUUCCAGGUCUCCCAGCCCCAGAUCUCACGCAUCUGCAAGAAUAAGGAGAAGCUGCUGGCGGACUGGUGCAGCGGCACGGCCAACCGGGAGCGCAAGCGCAAGCGGGAGUCCAAGUACAGCGGGAUUGACGAGGCCCUGCUCUGCUGGUACCACAUCGCCCGGGCCAAGGCCUGGGACGUGACGGGGCCCAUGCUGCUCCACAAAGCCAAGGAGCUGGCCGACAUCAUGGGCCAGGAUUUUGUCCCCAGCAUUGGCUGGCUGGUCCGCUGGAAACGCCGGAACAAUGUGGGCUUCGGGGCCCGGCACGUCCUGGCGCCUCCGUUCCCCCCCGAGCCACCUCCCCCGGGCCCCACGUCCCAGGCCCAGCCUCCUCUUUCUCUCAAAGACUUCUCCCCCGAGGACGUUUUCGGCUGCGCCGAAGUGCCUCUGCUGUACCGGGCGGUGCCCGGCAGAGGGGGCGCGCGCGACCGGGUGCAGGUGCUGCUGUGCGCCAACAGCAGAGGCACCGAGAAGCGGCGCGUGUGGGUCAGCGGGCUCCGGGCCGCGCCAACGUGCCUCUUCGGGGUCAGCGGUGCGGCUCUGCCGGCCUCCUACCACCCCGACCUGGGCGUCCCCUGGUCAGAGUGGCUGGCCCAGUUUGACAGGGACAUGGCGCGGCAAGGCCGACGGGUGACCCUGCUGCUGGCCGCCCGGGUGGCGGAGGGGUUGGCCGGCCGGCCCGGGCUCCGCCACGUGCGGCUCCUGCCUCUGGCCGCCGACGGCAGCACGCCUUCGCUGCCCGGCUCCGUGGUCCGGGCCUUCAGGACCCACUACCGGCACCGCCUGCUGGGCAAGCUGGCUGCCGUCCGGAGCAAGAGGGCCGGCGCCUCGCUGGCCGAGGCCGCGGCGGGCAUCACCGUGCUGGACGCGCUGCACAUGGCGGCGGCCGCCUGGGCCAAGGUGCCCCCCCAGCUCAUCGGGAGCAGCUUCGUCCAGGAAGGGCUGGCUCCCUGCAAGAUGUCCCCGUCCCCAGACCAAGCCUCCGAGAUGCCGCCGGUCCCCGGCGGGCUGAGCCUCGAGGAGUUUUCCCGCUUUGUGGACCUGGAGGGUGAGGAGCCCGCGUCUGGGGGGUGCAAGGAGGAGACGGGCACUGAGGACGAGGCGGGGGCCGGAGAGGACGGCCUCGGGCCCCUGCCCACCAAAGCCGACGCCCUCCGGGCACUGGGCACGCUGAGGAGGUGGCUGGAGUGCAACGGCACCUCCCCUGAGCUCUUUGAAAAAUUCUACGCCUGCGAGGAGGAGGUGGAGCGUCUCUGCGGCUCGUGAGGGGCCCCCCUUGCUGCUGGCCGGGCCCCCCCUCUCCUGUUUCCCAUGGAAACGCCCUCGCUAGGAAGGCGGGCUGGAGGCUGGGCUCUUUCCCGCGGAAAUGGAGCUUCGGGAAAGGUGUGGAAGGGAGACAAGCGGUGGAGACCGAGUCGAAGCCCCGAGAGAAGGUCGCCCCAGCCUCCAGAAGAGGGUUCUGAAGAUGGGGCGCGCGGGGCGGGGUGUGAGGCUAGCGUGUCGUUUCUCAACCUCCAGGGAGGCCGGGACCUGGGAAGGAAGAAUUGAGGCUUUACGGACAGGCCGAUCCCUUGAACUCUGUGUCGGAAACAGUUCUGCUUCUGGAAAUAAAGUUUUUUAAUCAGAAGAGAGGUCGGGGUGUUGUUUUCAUGGAAAAGGGGCGAAAACUUUCAACUCAGAUUUUUAAAAUUGACUGCUGAGGCUGGCCGCGACGCCGCCGUCCGGGCUUGGCCGCUGUGGCUGCACGUGACCAGCAGCACCCCCGUCUUCCAGAACUCCAGCGGGAAGGACUCCCCGGGAACGGGGACCCCUUACCUGCCGACAGACAGAUCCCGAGUAUCGUCCCAGGACAUUCUGCUGCUCUGAU